CCAGGUUAGUUCAGUUAGCAGACAUGGAUUAAUGGGCCUCCCGCCUUGGCACGCAGUGACCAAUACGAGCUGACCUUCGCCGCAGGUGAGUGGUUCAUCUAAGUGCGAAAGGACAAGUUGACAACUUUCAACGUCUCGCAGAUAAUCUCACAACAUCCUUCCCUAUUUAACCCCACGACACCCAGCCUUGCGUCUCGAUGAUAUAGGAGACUCCUCUAACACCUCAUCCAUCGUACUCGCGGUCGCGAUUCGCUCAACAUAAAUUCCCUCGAGUCAUUCCUAAAUCGCCGCCUCCGCCAUGAUUCUCCGACUGGGCUCUCUGGCCUUGGGCCUUCUCUCUGCCUCUCCUCUGGCCAGCGCACUCUCUGCCUCCGACAUCCCGGCAGAUAUUCCUGUGUCGCAGCUGAUCAAAGAUGCUACCAUUAAACUUGCAAGUGGCAAUUCGCAGGAUGCGCUCACCUACUUCGAUGUUGCCAUCUCCCGCGACCCGCAGAACUAUCUCACCAUCUUCCGACGGGGAGCCGCAUACCUUUCCUUGGGCAAGACUGUCCAGGCACAAACCGACUUUGACAAGGUUUUGGAGUUGAAGCCCGGUUUUGAAGGAGCGCUUUUGCAGCGCGCAAAGAUACAGAGCAGGAAGGCCAAUUGGGCAGCGGCCAGAAAGGACUACGAGGCUGCGGGAAAGACUGAGGAGAUCGUGCAGCUCGAAGAGGCACAGGGUGCAGCGGUGCUUGCCACCGAGGCUGCAGAGAAGGGCGACUGGGAGACGUGUGUAACGCAAGCCGGUGUUGCGAUUAUGAUUGCGGGCGCAGCCUAUGACAUCAGGAAGACCAGAGCAAAGUGUCGAUUCGAGAAGGGAGAAGUCAUUGAGGGCAUUAGCGACCUCCAGCAUCUCUUACAGAUCAACACUGGUGAUAUCGAACCGUAUCUCCAGAGCUCCGCCAUGGCAUUCUACUCGUUGGGCGAAACCGACAAAGGUCUCAAGUCCAUUGCACAAUGUCUUCAGUCAGAUCCAGAUUCAAAGAAGUGCAUGAAGCUGCGACGAAGAGAAAAGAACCUCAACAAGGAUAUCGAGAAGGUUCGAGCAUUGUUCGAGAAGCGCCAAUAUGUCGCUGCGACGAAACUGUUGAUCCCCCGCGGCGAAGACCCCGGGUUGCUCAAGGAGAUCAAGGAGGACUUCAAGGAAUACACCGAACAAGGCUACAUUUACAAGAACUCGCCCGAGGGGCUUUACUCAAGCUUGGUCGAACUCACCUGUGAGGCGUACAUGGGCGGCAACAACGUUGCAAAAGCGACGCCAUACUGCAAGGAGGCAUUGGAAUUGAUUCCAAACUCGUUGCAUGGUCUUCUCAACCAAGCCCAGAGGCAAUUAGAUAGCGAUGAUUUCGAAGAUGCGAUCCGCACUCUCGAAGCGGCCAAGGAGCACCACGGCCAGACCGAGAAGAUCCAUGAGCUUCUGAACAAAGCCCAUACCCUCCUGAAGCGUUCCAAGCAAAAGGAUUACUACAAGGUCCUCGGUCUCAGUCGUGACGCCGACGAUCGCGACAUCAAGAAGGCCUACCGCAAGCUCAGCAAGCAGUAUCACCCGGACAAGGCCUCAGCGAACAAUAUCACUCCUGAGGAGGCUCAGAAGAAGAUGGCUGCGGUCAACGAAGCCUACGAAGUGUUAAGCGACCCCGAACUCAAGGCACGCUUUGACAAUGGUGACGACCCGAACGAUCAAGAGCAACAAAGCCAGGGAUUCCAUGGAUCUCCAUUCGGAGGCUUUGGUGGACAACAAGGCCAGCAAUUUUUCUUCAGAAACGGCCCCGGACAGGGAUUCAAGUUUUCUGGCGGCUUUGGUUUCCCUUAGGGGAGUGCAUUUUAUAGUGGCAUGGCGUUUUCGGGCAUUCUCGUUUGCAUUGGUACGGUGUUUGCCUCUGGGAGGAAAGGUGUUAUGGGCAUUAACGAAAGAUGAUAUCAAGAUAUGCUUAUAUGGGUAUCGCGGACUGUCUGAAACUGGACGCUUCCGUCGAGAUCAAAACACAAGGAAUAAACAACCUUUCAACC